UGUUUAUUCUAAAAUGACGGAUUCGCAGAGGAAAACGCCGUCGUAUACGGCGGCGUUAACUAUCGCCGCCAUCGCCUUCGCUUCUCUGUUUUGUUCUGUUUUGUCUUAUCAGCGGCCGCCACCUCGCCCGAAUGUAAUCGUUCCUCGCCGUCUAGAUCUCGAAUCCGACGCUCCAGAACAGGUACAUAUAUCGCUUGUGGGGGCUGAUAAAAUGAGGAUAACAUGGAUUACUGAGGACUCUGCACCAGCUUUGGUGGAAUAUGGCACAUCCCCUGGAGUUUACGCCAACGCUGUAAAUGGAACUACUUCUUCAUACAAAUAUACACUAUAUAGAUCUGGUGACAUUCAUGAAGUAACCAUCGGUCCUCUCAACCCCGACACGACUUAUUACUAUCGAUGCAGCUCGAACUCGGCCAAGACGUUCAGUUUCAAAACCCCUCCGGCUAAGCUCCCCAUUAAAUUUGCUGUCGUUGGUGAUCUUGGUCAGACGGAAUGGACCAAGACAACUCUUGAACAUGUAGCCAAAUCAGCCUAUGAUGUGCUGAUACUACCCGGUGACUUGGCGUAUGCCGAUUUCGUGCAGCCUCUAUGGGACUCGUUCGGCAGGCUUGUCGAGCCAUUGGCUAGCCAAAGGCCAUGGAUGGUGACUCAAGGAAACCAUGAAGUAGAGCACAUACCAGUGGUUCAUCCUGAGCCUUUCACAGCAUACAAUGCAAGAUGGCACAUGCCUUUCGAGCAAAGCUCGUCGACGUCCAAUCUUUACUAUUCAUUCGACACGGCGGGCGUGCACGUUAUCAUGUUGGGAUCUUAUACCGAUUUCGACACGGAUUCAGCUCAGUACAAAUGGCUUGAAGCGGAUUUGAAAAAGAUUGAUCGCUCAAAAACACCAUGGAUUGUGGUGCUUAUUCAUGCUCCAUGGUAUAACUCCAACACUGCUCACCAGGGAGAGAAACAGUCUGAUGGCAUGAAGGCUUCCAUGGAAGCUUUGCUCUAUCAAGCUCGUGUCGAUGUUGUGUUUGCUGGACAUGUCCAUGCGUACGAGCGCUUCACUCGUGUUUAUGAUGGGAAAGCUAACAAUUGCGCUCCGGUAUAUAUCAAUAUCGGGGACGGUGGCAACCGUGAAGGCCUUGCGAAAAAGUACAUCGAUCCAAAGCCAACGAUUUCAAUAUUCAGGGAAGCGAGCUUCGGACAUGGCCAGUUUGAGGUGUCGGACGCGACACAUGCACAGUGGACAUGGCACAGGAACGACGACGAUGUAGCUGUCGUUGGCGAUUCGUUCUCGUUUACAAGCCUCUCUUCUGACCCUGCUUGUAGAAUAUGAAUUCUUUAUAAAUCCUCUUAUCAAGCAACCAAUUAAUAUUGAAAAUAAAGAGAACAAAAGGAAUAUAUUUUCGGUUUA